AUGGCCGUGACUGUAGCAGCAGCAAGUACGCCUCUCCCUCCUGAAGCAUCAGCUCGGUUGAUGGCCAUAUGUCUUUUCUUUGGCUUGGCAUCUCUGGCAUGGGGGUAUAAUAUCGGUAUCAUGGCAACUAUUUAUGUGCAUCCGGGGUUCAUCGAAGCACUACAUAAACCAAGCAAGGCCACCACGGGCUUCAUAACUUCAAUCUACUAUGUUGGCACUUGGAUUAGCUACAUAUAUCUCGGUCAUGUUCUUGCAGAUCGGUAUGGCCGUCGAGUCGCAGCCGCAAACGGUGUCCUCAUAACGGCUGUCGGUGCUGCCCUUCAAGCGAGCGCUGAUGGAGCGAAAGCAAUGAUAUUAGGUCGUAUCACAUGUGGUGUUGGGCUAGCUAUUGUGUCUAGCUCCGUUCCAUUAUAUCAGAGGUUGUUUCUAAAGACGAAUGUCGCACCAGCAAAACAUCGUGGACGCUAUGUAGUCAUAAACCACAUCGGACUCGUUGCUGGCUUAGCUGUGGCUUUCUGGACUGGCUUCGGGAUCAGUCACUGGGAGUCUGAACGCGGGACAUACUACGGAUGGCGAAUUAGCAUGGCUCUGCAGUUCAUUCCGGAAGUGAUGUUCCUUGCUGGAGUUUUCUUCUGUCCCGAAACUCCUCGCUGGCUGGUCGAACAUGGCCGAAGCGCUGCAGCUAGAAGGAGCCUUGCAUAUCUCAGAGCUUUAGAGCCUUCGAGCGAGCAGGUCAAUCGCGAACUGAGAGAAAUCGAGCAAGAUGUGGAGCGCCGUAAGGUCGCCGCAAAACAGUCUUGGACAAUGUUGUUCACACACAGGCCUCUUUUCAACAGACUGUGGCGAGCUGCAUUGCUGUCUUUCAUGGGUCAAAUGGCUGGCAACACAUCCAUGAAGUACUAUUUACCAACGAUUCUUAUGAAUCUUGGUCUCGAACGCAAGAUGACGUUGAUGACUGCGGGGAUUGAAACCACACUCAAAAUAUUCUGCACCAUGUUCGACUCAUGGCUUGUAGAUCGUUACGGCAGAACGCGUACUCUAGUGGCAUCAUGCUUCAUUAUGAGCUUCUCUUUGCUGCUCAACGGCGCACUUCCCAUCGCCUACCCAAAGAACAGUAACCCAGUCGCAGAUUACGUCUGCAUCGUUUUCAUCUUCAUCUACACCUUCGGCUUCUCGAUUGGUUUCGGUCCCGCGGCAUGGCUUUACGGUUCGGAAAUCUUCCCUACAGAUUUUCGGGCACGAGGUCUGAACAUCGCGGCAUCGGCCAGUUCAAUUGGAGCGAUAAUAUCUUCUCAGACAUGGCCAGUUGGCAUGCAAAAGAUUGGCUCCAAAACGCACUUCAUAUUCAUGAGCACUAAUCUCGUAUCUGCUUUUAUAGUGUGGCUAUACUAUCCUGAGACGAGCGGACGCAGCCUUGAAGAUAUGGAUGCACUUUUCAACCCUACUUUCAAGCCAAUAAUGCACUCGGAGGGUGAAUCUGAACGAUAUCGCGAUGAUGUUGGCGAGGACAUCGACAACACGGUCCCCGGCCCUCGAAGUUCACGCGCCUGACAAUUAAUGCCGCUUCUCUCUGGCUCGACUGACCAAGUCGGAGAUGAAGCGGCAGUGUGACAAGUGAUAGGUGAUACAUGAUAGUCGCACAUAUUGGAGGAUCUUAUGGACUUCUAUUGUUGUCUUGGUCUUGUAGUAUCUCGUCUGAUCCGUGAUAGUUACUGGAACAAUAAUAAUCGGUUCUACAGAUACCUAUGGCACUGAAGUGAACCCCGCAGUCCCAGACCUUUUGCCAAACUUAUUGCGGGUGACCAUUCAACAUGGGCAGAAGCAUUAGCGAGCCUCGGA